AUGGAUAUGAAAAGUCUUCUCUAUUUGCCAGUUUAACGAUCACCUUCUUUCCAAUAAUUUUUUCAUUUCUUUGGUCGUAACCCUCUCCUGGAUAUGCUCGUACUUGACAAAGCCGAUCGGAAGAAGCAAACAAAGCAAACUCCAAAGUAUCUCCACAGGACCAGUGUAACAAGGAGCAGAGCUUCGACGUUUUCGAUCUCCUCUCUCCAUUCAAUCCAACCAAAUUCUUGAAAGACCGCGCAGUAUGGAGGAUGAUGACGAUGAUCUCUAUGAUCCCGCCGAUGCGGUGCCGGUCACUCAAUCCCGGGAUCCUGGAAGACCCUCGACCGACGCUCCGAUGAACGACUCGAAUGAGGGCGAGGAAGAGGAGGAGGUAGAAGAGGAAGAUGAUGAGGACGAUUUCAAUAUCAUCACAGAGGCUCCUCCAGAUGCGCCUCCUCCAGAAGCUCCCCAUCCUCGCCAUACUACAUUGAAAGCUGACACUCAACGGUCCACAUCCACCGAUUCUUCUGCCGCCCCAAAAUCUCAGACACCUUCAUUAACACCCAAAGUUGACACCACAUCGUCAGUGCCUUCUGUAACACGACCUGUUUCACAAAAACCAGGCUCGGAAUACCCGCCAGUACACGCAUCCACAAUUGACGUCCAUGCGAACCCUAUCCAUCCUGCUACAGGAAAGCCGGUCCUGUCCACUGAUAUGGAUGUUGAUUUCCCCGAGGAUGAUAAGCCUUGGAGACGACCAGGGACGGAUUUGACAGACUAUUUCAACUACGGAUUUGACGAGUUUACCUGGGCAAGUUAUGUUUUGAAGCAGCAAGAGCUACGGAAGGAAGUGGGAGAUCAGAAGAGACAGCUGGAUGAUAUGCAGAGCUUCCUAACCAUGGGACUUCCCCCAAUGCCCGGCGCGCAGCCGGGAGCUGGACCUCCCACUACAAAUGCACCGCCUCCGAUGCCCGGAAUACCAGGGAUGCCAGAUAUGAACCCGGACAUGAUGCAAGGAAUGCUGACAUCGAUGAUGUCGCAAGGGCUAGACCCUGCCUCCAUGGACCCCAUGUCUUUCAUGCAACAUGCGCAGGCAAUGAUGGGUGGGCAACCCGGUGCAGGUGGCGGGCAACAAGCUCAAGGUGGAUUCGGCGGUCAAGGUGGUGGUCAGGGCCAAAUGGGUUACGGAGGUGGUUAUGGUGGAGGUGGAGGUCGAGGACGGGGAAGAAGAUGGUAGUACAACCAUUAAAAGCCAUGAAACGGAGGAAUUGGUCAUGAAAUAACCUGUAAUAACCUUGAAUGAGAAUAUAACUCCCUGAGAUACCCAACUUCCCGCAUUAUCGAACCUCGCUCGAACCUAGCAUGAAUAGGUUGAUGCCUGAGUAACUGCGCUUUCGGCAGUA